GGGAAAAACAUAUUUUAGGGCUCUUCCACUUCCAGCUCGUGAUCUCGCGAGCAAUGACGCUCAUCAAUCUCUUCAGGAGGUACGAGCGCUGGAAUCCCGUGCAUCCCACGUAUGGCGCCUUCUGGGGGAUUGGAUUCGGGCUGGGCUGCGGCGUGGGAUGGGGGCCGGGAUUCGGCCCCGAGGUCAUUGGCUAUGUCGGCUCUGGAUGCGGCGUGGGGAUCAGCGUGGGAGUGACAAUGGUGGGAGUUGGAGUUGGGCUUCCCGCUGGCGGCCUCGCUUGCGUCCCUUCCGACGUGGUCUCAUACGCGGGUCACGGGAUCAUGGAUUUCACAAAGUCGACCGCAGCUCCAGCAGCAUCGAUCGCUGUAAAGCGGGGAUGGAGUGCGUUGUGUCUGCACAUAGGAACAGCUCUAGAGCGAGGUCGACUCGGGCAUUCCAGUCGCAAGAGCUACAGUCUCGAUGAGUUCCAAAGGCAAUCACUGGUGGCCCUGAGGCAAGGCUGGGAUUCAUUCAGUGGCAAAGUCCGGAGUGCCGGAUUGUCUCGCUUGCGGCCAUGCAAUGCCGGUCUCUUGCAGAGCGAUUCUAAUAGUAACCAGAGUGAGAGACCGCCUCCACCAUCUUAGUGCUUCUUCUUGAGUUGAUAGGAUUGAUUGCUAACUUCGGUUUUGUACGUAAGCUGUUCCAUUUUCCUGUAAAUAAUAAUAUUAGAAUUAGUGAUUUUGUUUUUAUU